AUGCAAGCCAUCCGUGUACACCCAGCACCACCCUCCGCAACACCCUAUUCUCCAACCAACCCCGCUCCAACAACAGCCCUCCACAAUGAUAAAAUCCCCAUCCCAACCCCGACAGCCCCAAACCAGCUGAUAAUCCACAUCAAAGCAACAACCAUAAUACGCGACAUGCUCACAUGGCCCGAGACAUACCACCAACCCUACACAAUCCCGGGCCACGACUUCUCAGGAACGGUAGCAUCGGUCUCCCCGGGUUCAACAACAACCCUUAAACCCGGCACCGCCGUCUUCGGCAUGACUUCUGCAGACCGCGGCUCAACAUGGGCAUCAUACGCGCUCGUCACGACCGACGAAGUCGCACCCAAACCAGCCGGUCUCGGGUGGGAAGAGGCUGCGGCAUUACCGCUUAGCGCGCAGACGGCGUACGAGGCGCUCUUUGUUCAUGCGGGCCUUCCGCUUCCGGUUUUGGGCGGGAGUGCGCAGUUGGAGGAACAGCAUCGUCAGGAGCAGGAUUAUCAGCAUGCUCGUCAGUUGAAACAGCGUGUGCUUGUCACCGGUGCUGCGGGUGGGGUUGGGAUUUUCCUCGUGCAGCUUGCUGCUUGUGCUGGGAUGCAUGUUGUUGCGGCUAGUGGGUCUGUUGCGAGGAAUGGGGAGUUCUUGACAGAUUUGGGGGCUGACGAGGUUGUUGAGUAUGCGGAUUUGGAGGGCCAAGAAGGUCGGUUUGAUGUUAUUGUUGAUUCGGUUGGUGGGGAGGUGCUGGAGAAGUGUUGGGGGUUUGUGAAAGAGGGAGGUGUUUUGAUAUCAGUUGAUUCGGCGAGCUUUGAUUUUGUCGAGGCUCAUGCGAAGCGUGGGUUGAGGAGGGAUGGGAUUAAGGCGUUGUUUUUUAUUGUUGAGGGAAGUGGUGAGGUCUUGCACGCGCUGAGUGAGUUGACGGCGAGGGGGGAGUUGCGGUCGUUUGUUGCUGCUAGUUUUGGAAUUGACCAUGUGCAGGAGGCCUAUGAUUAUGCUAAUGGGAGGUUCGAUGGUCGAGGGAAAGUUGUGCUUACAGUUUAG